AUGGUUAAGUUUCAAAAUCCCAACACUGUAUAUAGACCUACAGACAUCAUUGAUAACAUGCGUAGGGAAUUCGGGGUAGAAAUGAGUUAUCAGAGGGCACGAAAGUCACAAGAAUAUGCUUUUGAACUUUUAAGAGGUUCCCUUGAGGAUAGUUAUGCUAAAUUUGGUUUAUAUUCUCAUAAUUUGGCUAGAACUAAUCCUGGAACAGCAUUGUCCUUAGAGAUAGACAGUGAGAACCGCUUCAAGUACUUUUUUGUAGCUCUUGGACCUUGCAUUCACGGAUUUCACUCUUCGAUGCAGAAGGUAGUUGUCGUUGAUGGAAUAUUUUUGAUUGAAAAAUAUAAAGGUACCCUAAUUGUUGCUACUUGUCAAAAUGCAAAUAUUCAAAUUUAUCCUCUUGCUUGGGGUAUAGUUGAUUCUGAGAAUGAUGCAUCGUGGACUUGGUUUUUUAUGAAGUUGAAAGAAGUGACGGGGGAUAAUGAAGAUAUUGUUGUUAUAUCUGAUCGACAUCCAAGUAUUAUCAAUGGAGUUCGAGCUGUCUAUCAAAGUGCCAAUCACGGUCAUUGCAUAUAUCAUAUAAAAGGUAACUUAAGGACGGUAACUCAAAAAAUUGAGAUUUUCCUACUGUCUAAGAAAGCUGCAAAAGCAUAUGCUUUAGAAGAGUUUGGAAAUUAUAUGAGCGAAAUUGAGAGAAUUGAUAUUAAAGCUUGGGAUUAUUUAGUCAAAAUACCUUUCCAUACUUGGGCCAGAGUCAUGAAUUCCGUGUUUAAGAAAAAUCGACAGAAUUCGAUAUUUGUACUGAUUGAGAGUAUUAGAAAAAGAUUGCAGAAAUGGUUUUAUGAGAAGCGUACAAAUGCACAGAACUGUACGUGUACUCUAACGCCAAUAAUUGAAGGAAAACUGCGUAAGAAUGUUGAUAAAGCUAAGAAAUGGUUUCAAAUAAAACAUUUACUUUGUGAGCAUGCAGUAGCUACGGUGAAGAAGAGUGGCUAUUCACUUGUUCUGCUCUCUGUAUUAUACUGUUGA